CAGAAAGCUGAGGCUGUAGUCUGACGCUGAAGCAAAGGAAAGGAGGUGAUUAUCGUCUUCAAUCUGCAUCAUGAAGGUUCUGACUGGGCUGCUGUUUCUUUGUGCCUUGUUGGCUCUGAGUCAAGCUGCUGCUGUAGCUGGAAACAUGGGAGAUCCAGCAGGUGUGGAAAUUGAACUUGCAGCUGAGGAGGCUGUUGUAGAUGAAGAAGUUGACAUGGUCAAGAGAUCCAAUUCUUGUCCUCCUGGCUGGUCUCUGAUUAAGAGUCGCUGCUUCCGCUAUGUUGCCAAAGCCUUGUCUUGGGCUAGAGCUGAGAAAAACUGUCUGUCCAUGGGGGCAAACCUGGCAUCAGUUAAUGAUUUGGACGAGUACCAUCAGGUUCAGUCUCUGAUAACUUGGGUAUCUCAUGGGUCCAAAGAAACAUGGAUUGGAGGCACUAAUGCACAGGAGACGAGCGUUUGGUUGUGGAGCGAUGGAAGCCCUCUCCGCUACACAAACUGGUGUCGAGGAGAGCCUAAUAAUUAUAAGGGAGGGCAGCUCUGUUUGGUGAUAAACUAUUCAGGUGAAAAGUGCUGGGAUGACGACUUCUGUUAUGUCCAACUUCCUUCUGUCUGCGCCAAGAAAAUCUGAUGAGUCAGUGUUUCACAAAGAUGCAGGAUCCAGAGGAGGAUUGGUGUUACGUGUUUCUGUUAACCUGCCUUUUUGAAGCCUCAGAUGUCCUAAAACUAAUUUCUGCUUCUUUCCUUCACAUAAUUUCUCUUUAUUGCAACCUGGGAAAAUGAAGUCACAAAUAAACCGUGGGUGGAUUUUCUCUCUUUAAUUUGAGCAGAAUGUGUAAUAAAAAAAAUUACAGUUUAAGCUAAACUUUCUUGUUUUCUUCAGCCU